GAAAACGAUCGGACUAUGGGAGCGGAGGGUCCCUACGAUCGUGCUCGCCACACUCCAACUCGUGUCGAAACCCUAGAUUCCUCAGCUCCUCGCGUCUCUCGUCGCCUCAUUGCCUGCGCACCUGGAGUCAGAGGCCGGAAAUGUUCGUUUUACGUAAACAUCCAUCUUAGUUUUCAAACUUACGCCUCGUACUUUUCGCAACCAGUCGUCACUGGCUCAUUUGUUCUGCUAGUACUACUACAUUCCGGAGGAGACUUGAAUCUGUCCCGAAAGUUACAUUCGGGACAGUUCUGGGAUCCCGAAUUUUGAUGGCGUAAACAGCUCCUGUGGAAGCGCGCUCGCCAUGGGCCGCCCCAUCGACAUGGGCGCGGACGGCGCAGGAAGCAUUUGGCCAGGCGCGCUGUUCGUGCUGACGUGUCUCUCCUCAAUUUCCCCCGUCCGCUGUGCGCCCGACGCCGCCUCCCAGAUGCAACUCCUGCUGGACUUCCAGCAGGCGUGGGGCCAGACUUUCGCUGGGUGGGUGGCUGGGGGGAGGUGCAGCAGUGCCGCGCAUGUGAAGUGCGAUGCACAGGGCAUGGUCACCAGCAUAGAUCUAGAUAGCCGGGGCUUAACCGGAUCCAUUUCAUCUACCAUUGGCAGCAUGGCCAGCCUGACUGACCUAGAUCUCUACAAGAACAACCUUACUGGCUCGAUACCUGCAGGCAUUACCAAACUUCACAAAUUGUGCUACUUGAGUCUGGGACGUAAUGCCUUGACUGGGUCUAUUCCAGCUACCAUUGGCAACAUGAGCAGCCUCACUUACCUGUAUCUGGGCUAUAAUGGCUUGACUGGAUCUAUUCCAUCUACCAUCAGCAGCUUGAUCAGCCUCACUCAGCUGUCAGUGUCAUGGGAAUGGGAAUGAAAAUGAAAUUCCAUGUUUGGCUUGAAUGGCACUGCUGCCUGCUUGUUAGCCUUUGUGCAAAAAUAUGAGUAGUAAAAAGAAAAGGUUGGUAAUAUUAAUCGUCAAAUGACCUUUCUCAUUUUCUAUGCUACAUAGUUAUAAAACUCGAGGUGAUUAAUCUAUCGACGGAUUUCUUUUUUAAAAGAAAAAACCUCGACAUGAGAAUUAAAGUAACAAAGAACGAAUGAUCCUUUGCGCAAAGCUCCAUCAGCAAGCUCGUUGAUAUCUUCAAACAAGAAAACCACGGAAACCUGCAUUAAUAUAAUUAUUUUGUAGAUUCCAUGAAGGCAAAAUAAGAGAAACCCCACCCAGGCGCUAUGCGGGAAAGUGUU